AUGCAGUUCAACAUCCUCGCCCUUACCAUUGCCGCCAUGGCCUCCGUCGCAGUUGCCACUGAGACUGUCACCGUCUACGCUUGCCCAAGCUCCACUGGUAUCUCCAGCUCUGUUCCCACCGCAGGUGCUUCAUCUGGAGAGUCCUCCGGUCUCACCUCUGGUGAAUCUUCCGGCUCAGCUGUCGCCAGCGGUGUUGCUGUCCCAACCGCCUCAUCUGGUGUCGUUACCGGCGCGAGUGGUACUAGCUCUCCAAUUGCUUAUGCCAAUGGUGCUGCUGAUCACAUCCACGCUUCCGCUUUCGGAUUGGUUGUUGCUGGUGCCGUUGCUCUUUUCAUCUAA